AUGGCAAGAGGACGGAGCAACAAGAGCAACAAGAAAAAUGCUGACAACGAUCAGCAGGGUGAUGGCUCACCUGACUUACCGGUGAAGGGUGCUCCAGGCACUGAUAAGGCUGCGCAGGGUGCUUCAUCGGCUGACGCCAGUGGUCCCUUUGAAGAUCUGCUGGACCUGCAGAACAACAAUGACCGCGGUGCGGAAUCGGAUGAGAAUCCUGGUGAGGAGGGGAAGGACGCUGAUGAGUCGGUUGCUAAACCACCAGCUGACAAUGAUGAAGUCGCGGGUGGUGAGGCUGGUGACGGCGAGGCAAACGAAGAUGCGGAUGCCGUUUCGACUAUGGCUCCUGACGAUGAGGAUGAUGGGUACCUGAGUGACGACUCCGACGAACACCUGGAGCCGGAUGCGAUCAGUAGCGUGAUUGCUCUUAAACGCUUCUCGCUAACCCUGCUCGUGCCUUUUCCCAGGAAAGCUGAGGUUAACCGAGCUUCUGUGACGAUUGCUGCUCUGCUCGACGACUGGAAAGAACAUCUGUCCCCGGACGCUCAGCAGACAACCACUUACCAGGAGCUUCCGGUGACAUAUUUCUCCAGCAGGCGUUUUGGCCGUCUGCAAGUCACGUUCAACCAUGUCAAGGACGCAAACUACGUCUGGAACCACGUCAUCAACCACGAGUGUCUGAACGGGGAGUGCAUCGAUCUUACCUGGCAGCAUCCGGAGAACUCACGCUUCCUGCUCACGGGGAUGGACACCGACCGCAUCAGGGGCCUGAUCAUCCCCCACGUCGCUGAUGAGUACCGCUGGAGGUACUUCGUGGAGGACCCGUCGACAGGAAAGCGGGAUCCUGCUGUCGUGCUAACCUCCACCGGCGGUUCGCAGGAGGAAUGGGUCUGUGUGCAAACGGCAUGCGAGAAGGCGCAGGGGAACCGGUUCGAGCAGGCGGCUGCUCACAUCGCAUCUGCCAGGCACAAAGGGGGUCUGCGGAAGGAAGGCUCUGCCACCCGUGUCAACACGCACUCCCAGAAGUUACUCGCUUUCAAGAAGGAGUAUAUCGUGAAGUCGGCGAAGCAGUGA